AUGGAUCAUUAUCUCACAACAUACAGGAAAGACUAUCUAUGGCCAAAUUUACCUGGUUCAGGGUCCGGUGGCGAAGGCGGCGGUCUAGCUGAGGUGCCAAAGCUUUCUGGUCAAGAGCUAGCCUUCUACCAAGCAUGCAUGCAGCACACACGACCUCCAGACUGCCGAUGUCCACAGUACUCCGGUGGAGAAAUGCCGCAGCUACCUCCAGGGAAAGAAGGAGGAUGGAGUAGAAGUGAGUUAAUGGGUCCGAUGCUAGAUCCAAAGCUUUAUCCAGUACGUGUAGGAGCGAGCCCAGAGACCUCCACGUCACGCUAUGACCAACCUAAUGCGUUCUUAGAUAAGCUGCAAUCAAAGUAUCCCAUGCUGUACAGCAUUCUACAGAAUGAAGCGUCCCCAGAGCUCAAGCAGCGUAUAGACAGAGAUCGUAAUAAGACGACCUACCAAAAGGAUUACUGUGAAUCUGGUCCAGGAGCUAAAUUCGAGGGUCUUCAACGGGCUGCUGAUGAAAGCGGUACCGGACCCUGCGCUCAGCCGAUGCGGCUCCCGGGAGACCCUUGUAGAGUGGGACCGAAACCGAGAAGAUCUACACCGAGGACCAUGUCCAAACAAGCCGGUGCGAGCAGCGGCGGUGAUGCCAGAACUAAAUGCGAAACAACAUCUGCAGUACCUCCGUUGGGUAAAACGGAAUACCAAGACGGAGUCUCGAAGCUCGGCGCCAUCAUCAUGCGGGACAAACUACACAGAAGAUGA